UUGGGAUGGAUUUCCUGCACUUGCUGUGUUGUUCCUGACCACCAUUUCCACGGCAACAACACCUUGUGUCACAAUGGAUGGGCCAGGGCUGGUUCUCUCCCUUGAGCUCAGUUGGCCAGAAGGCAAAGGAGUUGCUUGCUAGUAGGAGACAUGGAGAUCUUGCUACCAAUGCUGCUCUUGAUAGCCUUGCUAUGUCUCGUGCCAGGACUGGACGGGGCCCCGAUUCCCAAGAGAUCAGAACGACCAGAGGGAUCAGGAUCACAGCGAUUGGAGACGACCGGAACGGAAGUACAUCACACCCCAACGACAACAGCUUUUUGGAGGCUGCGGAAUGACAAAAUUGCCACCAUCAUGCUGCAUAAGGACACCACCACCACCCAAGAGAGCACCACUCCAGAGGUUCCCCAGAAAGUGAUAUCUCUUUCUCUUCCAGAAGAACCCGUGAUCAGCAUUCUGCCACAGAAGGUGGAGGUCAGCAUUGAGACAUCACCUUCGAGGCCUCAGAGUGAUAUACAUGGCACCAUCAUUCUGCGUCCGGACACGCCUGCUGUGGCCAAGAUCAUCUCUCCAAAAGUCAACCUUCACGUGAUGAGCGCAUUGUUUGCCAUCUAUUCUUCCCAUUCAGAAAAGCCACUGAAAAGUAACAACAUAGCCAUAGUGAAAACUAAUCAUUUCACCUGGAAUCAUAAAUCUUCCGGAGGAGACAUCAUGGGCUUGAUUGAUGUCUUGACCAAAAUGUUAAGGCAUAGUCCGGUGGCUGUUAGAGAGGACACAGACUUCAACUCAAGGUUCAAGAAAGUCAAAGAUUACCUGAGAGAGAUCCUGGAGCUGGCGAGAAAAGUGGAGAAUAAGCUGGUCAAGGGUCUCAAACAGAAGCAGGAGGAGGUGGCCAAAGACACCAUCGUGCCUUCGCCCCCGGCCACCACGGUGUUGUUGACCAUCCACGUGGAGACACCCACCACCCCUGAUUCGACAGACCUCAAGUUGGCAGAACUGCAAAAGGAAGUGGCGAAGUUCAAAUCGUUUGUGAAAGUGCUGGAUCGUUUCACUGCCCGACUAAGUUCCUUUGUGCGAAAUUCUCCAAAUAGAAAAGCAUCCAAAGAGAUUGUGGACAAAGCGAUAGCCAUCCAGAGGACCAUCAAGAGUGUGUUCUGUGAGAAUCCAAACGGUCGGAACCAACAGAUGCUGAAAGAUCUGAUAGAUAAAGAGAUGCAGCUUCUCAAACAAGCCAAGAGGGAAAGAGGGGUUUUGUAAGCAUUUCCCAUCAACAGACAUGUACAAAAGUCAAAAAUCCCCACCCCUCCCUUUCUUUCAUUUUUUAGUAUUCUUUCCCUGGCUCUCGGGCUGACACCCUCUCCCCCUAUAGAUAUAGAUUGAUAUAGAUAUAGAUAUAGAUUGAUAUAGAUAGAUAUAGAUUGAUAUAGAUAUAGGUAGAUAUAUAUAUAGAUUGUUAUAUAUAGAUAGGAUGUGAUAAAGAUAAAUAAAAAGUGAAAAAAG